UAGCCGUUUUAAUCGGUUAUAUCAUGCGAUAACUUUUUUCAGCUUUAGUCGGAGAUUUUAUUGCUCAUCUUUCUGAUGAGUGAAUGUGUGAAACAAUUAUGCUUUUCUUAAGCUUUUUUAAUGAUUAUUUUUUGCUGAAUAAUUAUGUCCCACUACCCCAGGCAUGGUUCGUAAUUAUAUUUUGCUCUUUAAGAUGUUUUUUAAGUGUUAUUACGGCCAGAGUGACAGUGACACAGGGAGAUUCUGUCACUCUACACACUAAUGUUACUACAACAAAACAAGAUGAGAUUUUAUGGUAUUUUAAUGACAUCCGCAUCGCUGUGAUCACUGGAGAUCUCAGCAGGAUCUGUACAGAUGUUCAGUGUAAUGAAGACACUGAGAGAUUCAGAGACAGACUGAAUCUAGAGAAGCAAACCGGAUCCCUGACGAUCACAGACAUCAACACUACAGACACUGGACUUUAUCAACUGAAGAUCUUCAGUAGCAGCAGCUUCAGAGAAAAGACCUUCAGUGUUACUGUUCCUGAUUCUCCUGAUAAAGUGAAGAGAAUAUCAGUGAAGGAUGGAGAAUCUGUCACUUUUGAUCCUGGUGUCACACAAAACACAAAUUAUGUGAUGACGUGGUAUUUUAAUAACUCUCUCAUCGCUGAAAUCACUGGAGAUCAGAGUAAGAUCUGUACUGAUGUUCAGUGUAAAGAGAGAUUCAGAGACAGACUGAAGCUGGAUCAUCAGACUGGAUCUCUGAUCAUCAUGAACACCAGAACCACAGACUCUGGAGAAUAUACACUAAAGAUCAUCAGCCACAUCUUUCAGAACAGCGUCAGCAUCACCAGUUUGAAAACAUUCAUUUUUACUGUCAUUGAUUCAGGUCUGUCUUCAGCUGCUGUAGCAGGAAUAUGUGUUGGUGUUGUUCUGUUGUUCGUGACUGCAGCAGCUGUUGGUGUGAUUUACUAUCUCAAGCGUCCUCGAGCAGGACAGAAUGACACCGCAGCACGAGCCAGUUAUCAGAUGGAGAAUUUACAUGGCUAAUCCCCUAAUCCGUCUGAUCCUAUGUUGAUGAACAAUGCUAAUGUGACGUCCCCUGAUGAGAUUGAUGGCUGCCAGUGAGAUAUCACUGUAACAUCACUAGUACCAGUACAAGUCAAUUUUUACCUCAAACACCACUGUAGAACUGAAUUAAUUCAACUGAAGCAAUAAUUGAGGAGACAUGUAAACCAGCAAAAGAACAAAGG